AUCACAACAGUCUGGUAAAAGCUGGCAACUGAAAACUCAUCCUUUCACAGCUUCAACUUCCAAGUUAGAAAGUUUUCAUACAUUUUUAAACAAGCAGAUUCUAUCUUAAAGAUGAGCAACGUCUUCAAGGAGCUCCUUCUGGAGGGAGCUCUGUGCGACACAGUGAUCAAAGUGGCUGAUGUGGAGCUCCGUGCUCACAGGAUUAUCCUCUGCAGCUGCAGCUCAUUCUUCAGAGAUCUCUUCUGCAGUGAACCAUCAACAUCUGGGCAGAAGGUCUACAACAUCUCGGAUGUAACACCAAAUGUGAUGGGCCUCAUUCUGGAAUACGCCUACACCAACUCUGUUGUGGUGACGGAUAACAAUGUGCUGGAGCUGCUGGCAGGAGCAGAACGCCUCUCUGUUAAGGACAUCAUUCAGGCCUGCUGUGAUUUCCUGCAGGAGAAGCUUUGCUCCAAUAACUGCAUCAGCAUCUGGAAUUUGGCGGGCUACUACAAAUAUCCCGAGCUGAUGCGACAGGCCUACCUUUACAUGCUGCAACACUUCGAGGAGGUUGCAGGACAUUCUCUGGAGUUCCUGCAUCUCUCUGUGGAGCAGCUGACGGAUCUUAUCGAGGAGAAUGUGCUGAACGUGAAGCAGGAGAGCGCUGUGUUCGAGGCCAUCCUCCGCUGGAUCAAUUAUGCUCACGAGGAACGCAAAGUUCACCUGGCCAAACUAAUGAGCAAGGUCCGUCUGCUCUUAAUGCCCAUUCAGUACUUGACGGACAGAGUGAGCAAAGAAGCUCUGGUGAGGAACAACAUGCAGUGUGUGAACAUGGUAAUCAGCUCCAUGAAGACCCUGCGUGAGUCCAACAUAGAGAGACCACUGAGCCUUUACCGCCUGCCCUCUCACGUGCUGCUAGCUAUUGGUGGCUUUGUGGAUUAUGUUGCAACUGCCAAGAUUGAGCUGUACAACAUGCGGACUGACCGCUGGAUGACAGUGCACAACAAUGGCAACGCUCUUCCAGAGUUCUGUGGCUGUGUUUACCUGAAUGGAUUUGUUUACUGCAUCGGAGGUUAUGACAAUGAGCUCUACUUAAGCAGUGUGCAAAAGUUCAGCCUUUCCACCCAAAUCUGGCAUGAGGUCGGGUCAAUGCACAUGGCUCGCUGCUAUGUGACCGUGGCCGUGCUGAAUGGCCACAUUUAUGCCAUGGGAGGCUGCAGCAAAUAUGAGACAUUAAAGAGUGCAGAGCGAUUCGAGCCUGAGACCAACCAGUGGACUCCAAUCGCACCGAUGCACGAACCAAGGGCCGAUGCUGGGGCUGCAACAUUGCAUGGCAAGGUGUAUAUUUGUGGUGGAUUUAUUACAAAUAAUCCUCUGUCAUCUGCUGAGUGCUACAACCCCGACGCCAACCAGUGGACGCUGAUCACACCCAUGGAUACCCUACGAAACGCCCCGGGAGUCAUCGCCUACAACGACCAGAUCUAUGUCAUCGGUGGCUACGAAGGCACCAGACACUUAUCCAGCGUCACUUCUUACAACCCCCAAUCACAACAGUGGUCCCCAGCGGCCCCCAUGUAUCACUGCCGCAGCAACUUUGGCAUUGCGGUGUUGGAGGAGAAGGUGUUUGUUGUUGGAGGCAUCUUAAAUGAUAAUGCAGAAUUAUGCUCAGCUGUGGAGUGCUACGAUGGAAAGACCAACAGGUGGCAAAAUGUCCAGAACUUGGAGAUGCCCCGCGGUGCCGUCAGAUGCUGCGUGGUGGAACGAAUCCCUUACGCUGUCACUUAUCUGUCCUAAAUGUCAGCUCUGAAAUCAACUCUGCCUCUACUGCCAAAGAAAUAAAAGGAAUACUUUACUAUUUUA